UAUCUAUUUAGUUCCCUAAAUAAAAAAAAAAUACAAACAUUAUAUAUUUCUAUAAAAUGAGUUACGCAUAUUUGUUUAAAUACAUUAUUAUAGGAGAUACAGGUGUAGGAAAAAGUUGUGUACUAUCUUAAUUUAUUGAAAAAAAAUUCAAAGAAAAGCAUGAUGUAACAAUCGGAGUAGAAUUCGGUGCUAGAAUGUUAAGUAUAGAUAAUAAAAACAUAAAAUUAUAAAUAUGGGACACAGCUGGUUAAGAAUCUUUUAGAUCAAUUACAAGAUCUUAUUAUAGAUCUGCAGCAGGUGCAUUACUUGUAUAUGAUAUAACAAGACGUGAAAGUUUUUAACAUUUAAGCAGAUGGUUAGAUGAAGCAAAGCAAAAUGGAAAUCCUUAAUUAAGUUUUAUAUUAAUUGGUAAUAAAUGUGAUUUGGAAAAUUAACGAUAAGUUACAUAUGAAGAAGGACAAGAAUUCGCAAGAUAAAAUGAUCUUUAUUUUUUAGAAGUUAGUGCCAAAACAGCUUAUAAUGUAGAAGAAGCAUUUAAACAAACAGCGAAAAUGAUAUAUGAGAAAAUUAAUACAGGAUAAAUUAAUCCAGGACAAGAAAAUUUUGGUGUAAAAAUAGGAAAUGAAAAUACAAAUAUCCAUCAAAACACAGCAAAUAUAAAUAUAAACACUAAUAAUAAUAAAAAAAAAACAUCAUAAGGAUAUUGCUGUUGA